GAGGCUCUGCGGAGACGACCUGCCUGGGGGGCUGACGGCGCUCGAAGGAUGGCCGCGUUCUGGAAAGCUCUGGCAGGAGGACUGCUGCUCGCCCUGAGCCUUUUGGGGCGCCCAGCCGAAUCGGACAAGAAUAAAGUAUCGGGCAGUUCUACUUUUUACCUCGGCCAGGAGAGAGACAUCUGGAGACCGCUGACCCACACCAAAAUCAACUUCACCGAUAUAGUCAGCAUCAAGUCGUCCUUCCAGCUUCGGACGUUCGACCCCGAAGGUACGAUCUUCUACGGAGACACCAAGAGAGGGGAGGACUGGUUUGUUCUGUCGCUGAAAGACGGCGUCGCUCUGAUGCAGAUCAACCAGCUGGGCAUGCUGAUCAGCGUGACGGGAGGCCCCAAGCUCAACGACGGCAAAUGGCACACACUGGAGGUGAGCAACCAGGGGAAGUUUGUGAUCCUGGAGGUGGACGGCUCUGACAGGCUGGUGGUGGGCAUGCAGAACGAGCAUCCAGAGGAGAUCAUUCAAGGAGACCUCCGCCUGGCACUGGGCGGCAUCCUGAUCAAUAAGGACAAGCUGAUCGUUGAAUAUGAGCCUCAGAUGGACGGCUGUGUGCGGGACGGCGUCUGGCUGAACCUCAGCAUCCCCUGGGAGACGGAGGCCGAUCGGCUGUGGCCCUGCUAUCAGGACAUCCAGCCUGGCAGCUACUUCCCAGGCACCGGGUUCGCUGUUUUCAACACUUCAGUUUUCUCCAUCGCGGAGGACGAUGAGAUCAAGAUUAAAUUAAAGGGCGAGUUCAAUCAGAUGGAUGGGACCAUUCUGAGCAUCAAAGCCCCCGGACAGGAGAUGAUGUUCACAUCAGUAGUCAACAAUAACACAAAGGAAAUCACUCUCACCUAUGGGGGUUAUGAACUGAGUGUCAGUAGCAUGUACAUUGAGCUGGAGAUUACAAUUGAAAAAGACUCACUGACACUUAAGGCGAUAGAAGAUGAGCUUUCAAGCACUACUGCCAGUGCGAUUCCAGCGAGCCAUCCUGCCUAUGGGACAACGUGGAGAGACGGUCUUCUGGCCAUCGGGGGUCUUCUGGGUGAAAGUGAGGGCUCUCAGUUCCUGUCCGGCUGUCUGAAGAGCAUCCAGGUCCAGGGGAAGGAUCUAGACCUGGAUUUAGCCCAUAAACACAUGUCAGUCUCCUCUCAUAGCUGCCCUGCAUAGAAAAUACAACAUGCAUACACGAUUAUUGACUAUUUUCAGCAGACGCAAUUAUUCCAUUUCUCAUAGAGCCAAUUUAUAUUACAAUUUGGCAAUUAUUAAUGCCAAACUGUUUCACCGAGUGUGUAUUUU